AAGAAGUUUUAACCGAGUUGGACGAUGUGUUGAAAGAUGCCACGUUUUUGGCAAUCGACGGAGAAUUUACCGGUCUGAAUUUAGGAUCGGACACCAGUGCUUACGAUACACCAUCAGAGUACUAUGCCAAAUUAAGAGCUGGUUGUAUGGAUUUCCUUCUGGUUCAAUUUGGUCUAUCCGUUUUUACUUAUAAUUCAGAAACUAAUAAAUAUAGUCAAAGAUCGUAUAACUUUUAUGUGUUUCCACGACCUUUCGACCGAUCGGCACCCGAUUGCAGAUUUUUGUGUCAGGCGGCGUGUAUAGAUUUUUUAGUUAAUCAAGGGUUCGAUUUUAACAAACUUUAUUUUUUAGUUAAUCAAGGUUUCGAUUUUAACAAACUUUUCAAAUAUGGAAUACCUUAUUUAAAGAAAGAUGAUGAAAAUUGGUUAAACAAGAAAUUUGAUGAGAAGCAAAAGAUAAGAGACAAUUACGACCUUAUUUCUAUUUCUGAUGACGAUAGACCACAAAUUGAAGAGAUUUGUUCCAGGAUAAAAGAUUUUAUUAAUUUAGAGGAUAAAGAAAUUAUAAUAGAUAGAUGUAAUUCUUUCAUAAGACGGCUUAUAUAUCAAGAAGUAAAACUUAGAUGGCCAAAUAAAUUUGGACUCAAAACUAUGAACGACAAUCAGUCAAAUCAGUGCAUUGUUGUUUAUAAAAUAGGUACCAAGGAGGAGGAAGAGCAACGAGAAAUUGAACGACGAGAAAAGCAAAAAUUGGAAGUACAAGAAGCUGUAGGACUCAGUGCACUUUUAAAAAAAAUUGCCAACUCUGGCAAACUAAUUGUUGGGCAUAAUAUGCUCCUUGAUUUGUGUCAUAUUAUUAAUCAGUUUUUUGAUUCAUUACCAGAAAGUUAUUUGAAGUUUAAAUCUCUUGUACAUUGUCUCUUCCCACGACUUUUAGACACUAAAAUUAUUUGUCAGUCAGCACAAUUUAAAGACUCGGUACCAUCAGUUCUUCAUCAGUUAUUAGAAACUUUGCACAAUUCGCCGUUUGAAUUACCCGAGACCGAAGACGUCAGUGAUCGGAGUUACAAAAUAUCGAAUAAUAAGUCACACGAAGCUGGUUACGAUGCUUUUAUCACUGGACUUUGCUUCAUCGCAUUAUCCAACAGACUUGGUUCCUUACAGCGGCCACAAGUAUCCACAGUACUUGCAGAUUCUCAGCUAUUAAAUCCAUUCUUAAAUAAAUUACUAAUAACAAGACUAAAAGACUAUCCAUACAUUAAUCUUACGGGAAAAGAUCCAAAUCCAAGUAGAGAUCAUGUUUUCCAUAUAACUUUUCCCAAAGAGUGGAAAUACAGUGAUCUUUCACAACUCUUUACCCCAUAUGGAGGUGCUUUUGUUUCAUGGCUGACGGAUAAAUCUGCUUACGUUGCCUUAUAUCGGCGUGAUCAGAUUAGCGCUGUUAUGAACGAUCUUGUUAAGCCGCAUAAUAAGCAUUAUAGUAUAAAAAAAUACAGAGAACAUCAUGCAAAUCUUGAACGUGAGCAUCAAGUGAAACCAGAACGAAAACGAAAAAUAUCUGAUUGCGAAUCGCCCACAAAAAUAGAGUCCUCGCCACCGCCAACAACGACCGGUUCGAAAUCCACGACGUUGAAUACAGAUGAGGAUGGCUGGGAAGUGGCAUCAGGUAAACGAAGGCGGAAGAGAAAUCGCAUUCAAACUAAUGUGGAAACUGAAGUGCAAAAUAAAAGUGACGACAAUCAGAAGGCUUUCGCUGAAAAUGAAACGUGGAGAUAAAGUUAAUACAACUUGUAUAUUCUGAAUGUAAGGACUAAUUGCCCCAAUUAAAUUUGAUUCGUGGAACAUUGUUGCAAUUUAACUUUCAUCACAAAUAGAUAUGGAAAAUUUUUUAAUGAAAGCGUGAAUGCAAAAUAACAGAGUGAGAGAAAAAAUUGGAACAAUAUAUGAUCAUAUGUAUUAUACAAUAAGCUUUUACUAUAUCACAUGUUAUUUCAUUGUUUUUAUUUAAAUCAAUGAUAGGUUUCAUAUGCUUUAAAUUUUAAGUUUUGA